AUGGCAGAGAAGACGUGUAGAAUAGGGUCAAUUACUGAGACAUUAACCUUAGAUAACUCUUUCUAUUCAAAUUUCGAGAGUAACACGGAGGGAUAUAGCGGUGAUGGGGGUACCGAAGGUAGUGGUGUUGCACAAUUAAAGUCCCAAUUAGGGAUUACCUGUUCGCACUGUACGAAAAUUAUUGAUGAUGCUGCAAAAAUCGACAACGCUUACUUAUACGCAUGUCAGCAGAAUGGGAAACAGGAUUACGGGGAUGCACCCUGCCGCCUCUUUUAUUAUUGGUUCGGACACAAAUACUGGCCUCACUUAAAUGGUAAAACACUUUCGGAGAUUUUGGAUAAAAUUUACACUACGCUGGAAAACACUUCUUCCUGCACUAGUGGAACGAAGUGUAAAUUUAAGUACGAAGAAAUAGACGAAACUACAUUCGAGCAAAUGAAAGGAGUGUUCGGUUAUUACCACGAUUAUAGUGAGGUACAGAGGGAACUAGGUACAACUGCUAUCUCCUGCGCAAAGGAAUGGGCCAACUAUUGGACCACCCUUUCCACAGCAUGCAAAACCAUGAAGGAUAAGUGCACAGGUGACUCCGGCCAUAACGUGAAAUCAUAUUGUAAAGACUUCAAUACUACCUAUGCUGUACAUUGUGAUAUAGCUAAUCUCCACCAAGAAAUGGAAGUACUAAUAAAAAAGAUCCAACGUGAAGCAAACGAAGCCCGAAAUAAAGCCACCACCACUUCCUCCCUUUCUUCUAUAUUCGGCAUCUUAGGAACAAUUGGUGCUCCAUUACUUCUAUAUAAGUAUAAACCAUGGUCUUCUUGGUUUGGUAACCAUUCUUCUGGAAGCAGCGGAAGAAGUAAUAGAAGAAGAAGAUCCACCAUCAGGAAUGGGUUCGACACAUUAACGGAAGCUUCAGCCACAACAGUUUCAACCAUAGCAGAUUCCACAAAAAUGUCUACCAUAUAUGAUAGAUCACCACCCAAAAGGGGAACAAGAGCAGGAACAAAUACGACAAAUAAUAAUACACCAGGUCAUCAUCAAAGAACGAAUUUUGAAUAA